GGACAAGCGAAGUACGAAGCCAACAUGUCUGCCCCCUGAAGGAGAAAAACAGAAAUAAAAACAUUGUGACAGCACAGGACGACAAGCGGUGGCUGGAUUCUCUUGUUGGCUUGGUGGAAAGCUGGAAACAUGUCAAAGAUCUCCAAGGCAGCCAAGGCUGUGAAGAAGUUGGACACAAGCGGUGUGAUCCGGGCUAUAGUCAGGUCAGGACAAGCGGCCCCUGGGCCCCCACUGGGCCCCACCCUGGGACAGAGAGGAAUCCCUAUCGGACAGUUCUGCAAGGACUUCAAUGAAAAAACGAAGGAGAUGAAGGAGGGCAUCCCUCUUCCAAUCAAGAUCAACGUGAAGCCCGACAGGACGUACGACCUUCACAUCGGUCAACCCACUGUCUCGUACUUCCUCAAACAAGCGGCGGGCAUCGCCAAAGGAGCCGGAAAGACAGGGCACGAGACGGCGGGCGUGGUGUCGGUGCGAGCCGUGUACGAGAUCGCCCAGGUGAAAGCCCAGGACGAGUGCUUCAAGAUGAGGAACACCUCCCUGGAGAACGUGGUCAAAAGCAUCGUGGGCUCGGCCCGCUCGCUGGGCAUCAAGGUGGUCAACGACCUCUCCGCUGGCGAGUACAAAGUGUUCUUGGAGCAGCGAGAAGAGAAAUUGAAGGCAGACGCGGAGGCAGCGGCAGCUGCGGCUGAAGCGCCGCCGCAAGGCAAGAAGAGAUGAACAACGCUUUGCUGGGGCACUUUACUGACACCUACAGGCCGUGUGAGGUGCACCACGCUAUUUUUUUAGAAUAGCUGUUAACCUGGUCCAUAUACUGCUAUGCUCUUUCUCCUCACUAGUAAGACAAUUCAAUGCACAAGUACAACGGCGAGGUGCACUAGUAGAAGAACGAGGGCCCAUUAUUAUUUUUUUUCAACUACUGUGGCAUUUGUGCCACACUAGUAGCACAACUUUGGCAUACUAGUAGGACAACCAUGUUACAAGUUAGGCAAAACUGUGCACUAAUUAACAUCUUCAUCCUACUAGUAUCACUAGUGAAGUGCUAAUGUUAACUAGUAGAAUUUUAUGUCACCAGUAGUACUAUUAGCACACAGUUGUCAACUCGUGCACAGAUUUACCUCACGAGUAACAUGUAGUUGUCCUACUGGUGAGGACAAAGAGUGUCCUUGAUAAGGACGCCACUAGUAGUGACACAUUCCUACAGGUUGGACCCAGUAGUGUUGCUAGUGCAGCACUGUAGUUUACCACAAAGGUUUAAUUGCAAACUAGUCGGCCAAAAGUGGUACUAGUUGUAGUAAAAACAUUACUAGUGAGACAGUCGAUCUACUAGUGCUCCCUAGUCAUUCUACGAGUGCGCUGAAUUGUCUUACCAGUGUGGACAGAGAGUGUACUAGUAUAUGGGCCUUAAGGUGGAUGUCAAGGAUAUGGAAUAAAUACUCAAACAGCUUUCCAUACCUGCCCAUUCCUAUUUAUACUCAUUGUAUACACGUACCAAUGUAUAUGUAUGUGAAGCAGCACUGAAUAAAAAAAAAAAAUUCA